AUUUAGGGUUUAUCUGUACGAGUGAUCCAUGGAAGCUGCUGUGAGGCGACGAGCCGGCAUCGCGCUGUGCCAAUCGGUGAGUUGUUCCUUUUCCCGGACGAUCGAUUCCAGCGCGGCCUUGCGGCAGCGAAUCGACGAUGGGAAUGCGGCUCAAUCAAGCAGCGAGAAUCCCAUGGCGGGAAUCGAUCAUAAUCCAGUGCCAGGGCGCAGCAGCGGCGAUCGAGGAACAGGAAAGAUCAAGCUGGAGGAGCUCUCCUUCAAGCCAGGGAUCGCGGACAAGCCGAUUGCGUCUCCGGCAGUGGCGAGGUUUAGGCGACUAGCGAUCUCGGCCGAGGCACAGGAGCUCCUGGAGAUCCUCGAGACAGAGAUGGAGGAGGUGCGCGAGCACAAGCUCCGCGAGUACUGCGGCAAGCUCAGCACGGACAUUGUGGUGGACGUGCUCAACCACGCCAGGGACGUGGAGGCGACGAUCCAGUUCUUCGAGUGGUGCCACGGCCGCCAUGGCUACACGCACACGGCAUUUGCCUUUAACCGGCUUCUCGAGUUCUUGGUGAACAAGCGGCAGUACAAGCGCGCGCACCAGAUGCUCAUCGCCGAGAGCAAGCCGAGCUCGUUCCAGGCGAAUGCUUUCACGUACUCGACCAUCGUCCGCGGCUACUGCGAGGAUGGCGAGACGAGGCAGGCUCUGGCACUCCUGGAACACAUGAAGAAUGCGGAAGUUCCAGCCAACGCGAAGCUCUACAACAUCAUUCUCACGCAUCUGUGCAAGCAUGGGAAGGAGAAGGAGGCGCUCGACUUGCUCCACUCCAUGGCGACGACUUCGUGCGCUCCCGACAUCUACACGUACAACAUCCUCAUCAACGCGCUGUGCAAAGUCGGGAGGCUCGAGGACGCGCAGGGCCUGGUGGAGAUGAUGCAGGCCAGGGACUGUCCGACGGAUAUCGUCACGUACAACACGCUCAUCCAUGGGCUAUGCCGCAAAGGCAACGGGAGGUUCCGGGUGGAGAGAGCCUUCCGGCUGUUUGAGGAGAUGGUUGACAAGGGCCACACCCCGACGUCCGUGACUUACACCGUGGUGAUCGACGCGCUGCUCCGGGUGAAGAUGGACGAGCAGGCGCAGAAGGUGCUGGAUCUCAUGCACGAGAACGGCUGCGCUUUCGACCUCGUCACGUACAACAUGCUCAUCAAUCGCUUCGCCAAGGCCGGGAUGAUGGACAAGGCGAUGGAUUUGUUCGUGGAGAUGCCAACCAGGGGCUGCAUUCCGGACGUUGUGACUUACAACUCCGUCGUCGACGGGUUUUGCAAGGCCGGGAAAGUUGAGGAAGCCAACAAGCUCUUCGCGGAGAUGAAGGCAAGGGGUAUCUUUCCCAACGGCCGGACUUACACUAGCAUCACCGACGCGUGCCUGAAAGCUGGACGGAUGCAAGAUGCCCAUGCGUAUCUCGUUGAGAUGAGAAAGGAGGGACUGGUGGAUGCGAUCUCGUACGUAGCUCUUAUCAGCACGAUUUGCAAGCUUGGGAAAGGGAAGCUGGGAUUUCAGCUGCUGCGAGAGAUGCUGGAGAAGGGAUUCAAGCCAAACCUCGUCACCUUCAACGUUGUCUUCGAGGCACUCAGCAAGGAAAGCAACACCGACGACGCCAAGAUCAUGAUCCAGGAGCUGAGGCAGCAACACAGCUCACCCCCAUUAAAUAACUACAGCAGCUCGGAGAUGAACAAGAGCAAGUCGCUUUCUCAAGUUUGGUGGUGCAUCAUCCUGCUGCUUGGUCUAGGGUUGGAAUCGGCAUCAGCAGCAGGUGUUGAUCCAAAGCUGUGGCGUUCCGGAGAUCAAAAGUUUUCGGGGGUGAUAAUUCCCGGCUUUGCCUCCACAAGGCUCAGGUCCUGGUCGCUGCUGGAUUGUCCCUUCUCGCCCCUCGAUUUCAACCCGCUGGAUCCUGUGUGGUUGGACCUCCGAAAGUGCAUGAUGCUCGAUCCUUACAAUCAGACUGAUCAUCCCGAGUGCAAAUCUCGUCCCGACAGCGGUGUUUCUGCAAUUACCGAGAUGGAUCCUGGAUAUUUCACAGAGUUCGGUGUUGACGCCGAGUCCAUUGUCGCAGCACCCUAUGACUGGAGAUUGGCGGGUCCAGUUCUCGAAGAACGAGAUCUGUACUUCCACAGGCUGAGAUAUUUUCUGGAAUGGCUGAAACAAGAAGUACCGCCCAAACUGUACACUACUUGGAUUGACGAUCACAUUUUCACGUAUCAUGCUCUAGCUCGAAUCAUGCUUGGAACUUUCAGUUCCGGUUUGUGGAUGUUGCCGUUUUCUGACAACAAACCACUGUCUCAAAGGAAUACGACCAAAACCGAAGGCUUAGUUGCUCCAGACUGGCCUGUCAACGUGCUUGAGGUGGACAUGCCACCUUCUGCUCUAGCAAAUUACACAGUUCCUAUCCAGCGGUUUUAUUCAGCUCAGAAAAUAUCGGAUGGCACAAGCUUCAAGGAGAUGGGUGAAUUUGAUCCUCAAGCUAAACUGGCUUUCUAUCAGCUCAAGAAGUUGGCUAUCAACUGUCUCCGAGUGGAAAGCCGUACCCAGACAAUUGGAUUAUCAAGGAUGUCAUCUAUGAAACAGAUGGAGGUUCGUUGCAGACAAGGUAAUAACUUUGUAACCAAGAUCAUUUCUAAAAACCAUUACAACAGGUCAGGAUUAGAUGUCGAUGGAAAAGGUGGUGUUGCGAGUGGUGAUUCCACAACUGCACACGAAGGUUCAGACAUUCAAGAGGUUUUCGACGUGGAACACGAACAUGGAGGUGAUGUUGUAUACAACGGGAGCCGGGACAGUCGAAUAAAAUACAUCACAUACUAUGAGGACGCUGUUGGACUGGCAGGGAAGAAAACCGCGCUAGACGAGUACCCUUGCGAGACGAGGACUGCUAUUGGGACUACUCAAAGGCAAAGUGCGGCCUUUUGGAUUAUUGCGAAUACAGGUACCUAUGCCAGUGUUUCGAAAAAUAUCGACCGACUUCUCCACUACAGAUACGUUUUCGGGGACAGACUGCUGGGUUCGAGGGCCUUCUCUUCACAGAGCCACAAUGCAAGCGAAUAUCUCAAAUGGCAGCAGUUCAUUGAAGAUCCGUCCAAAUGGUGGGACAACAGAACAUCCAAGAAAGACGCUGCCUCUCCAGACUUUGUUCAUGUGUUUACGGGACAACAGCUGUGGAUUGACUCUGCAUGCUGUCCCGAAUGGAUGCGUGACAAGCUCAAGGCUUUGGGAGAAGCAAACAAGGUCCAUAAAGUCAGGAACAGUACCUCCGCUCCAGAGAACAGUAGAACCGAAAGGUACCACCGCUCGAGAAAGGCUUCAGGAGUUUCGGAAGUUUUGUUCGCAUUGAGAGCUUGCAGCAGCUCAACAGACUUACGUACAGGUGCCAGAAUUCACAGGGACCUGUCUAGAAGCGGCGGCUAUGAGGAUGCUGUGGCAGAUGCGCUCGUCGACAUGUAUGCCAAGUGUGGUAGCUUGGUGGAUGCGCACAGAGUUUUCGACAAGAUGGCUCGUCGCAGUGUGGCUUCAUGGACUAGUAUAAUCACGGGCUAUGCGCAGGCAGGACAAGGGUCUGUAGCGCUCGACUUGUUUGAACGGAUGGUGGCCGAAGGUUUCGCUCCAGAUGCUCAACUUUACGUUGCAGUGUUGAAGGCUUCCGCUGGGCUGGCAUCCAAAGACGAAGGGAAGAAAUCUCUUUGCAUAGAGAAAGGAAGGAUGAUUCACGCUCAGCUGCGAGAGGCUGGAUUCGAGACGAACAGAUUUGUGGCCAACACGCUGGUGGAUUUAUAUGCCAAGUGUGGAAGCUUGUGCGAGGCUCGAGCGGUCUUUGACGGGAUGCUGGAACGGGAUGUAGUGAGCUGGAACUCUAUCAUUAUGGGAUAUGCACAAGCUGGAGAAGGCGAGAAAGCUCUGGAGCUGUUUGCCGGAAUGGAAGAGAAUGGUGUCGAGCCGGACCCGCAGAUCUUCGUUGCUGUGUUAAAGGCUUGCAGCAGCUUAGCAGUCCGAGAGGAGGGCAGGAAAGUCGAUGGAAGGAUGGUUAAGGUGGCAUGCUUGGAGAAAGGAAAGGCUAUUCACUCCCAGCUUGCAAAGAGUGGGUUUGAGUCUAACAUGUUCGUGUCAAGCUCGCUGGUCGAUCUCUACGCGAAGUGUGGCAGCAUGGCAGAUUCUCGAGGAGUUUUUGACAGAAUGAUCCGCCACGACGUUAUCUCCUGGAAUUGUUUGCUUGGCGGGUAUGCACAGAGCCGGGAAGUUGAGCUUGCCAUGGAGUGUUUCGAGAAAAUGCCGCAGCGGAAUACGGUCUCUUGGAAUUCACUUAUAGCAGGAUUCGUCCAAGGUGGAAAGAUCGAGGCAGCUUUAGACACUUAUCAACGUAUGCUGGACGAAGGCUUUGUCCCAGACUCUCGGACUUACGUCUCGGCUCUCAAGGCUUUGGUGGCGAGCAAGCCAGACACUGAGAAAUUGAGAAGGGACAGCUCCUUCCUGGACAAGGCUAGAUCAUUCCAUUCCCAGCUGACGCAGAGAGGCUUCCAUCUCGACAUUUGCGUGGCCAGCACACUGGUCGAUGUUUACGCCAAGUGUGGAAGCAUAGCCGAAGCACGGGACGUGUUCGACGCACUGCGCACCCGCGACGUCGUGUCAUGGAAUGUCAUGGUUUGUGGCUACGUGGAGAAUGAGAUGAGCGAGGAGGCUUUGCAGCUGUUCGAGCAAAUGCAGGACCAAGGAUUCGUCCCAGAUGCUCGAACUUAUGCCGCUGCAUUGAACGCCUGCAGCAGUCUCGAGGCAGGAGGGAAGUUCUGCAGGGAGUUUUGUUUGGAGAAAGGCCGGGCUAUUCACUCUCAGCUGAAAAGAACUCCGCACAAGCUUGACGUCUUCGCAGCAAAUGCUUUGCUCGACAUGUACGCAAAGUGUGGCAGCAUGGAAGACGCACGGCUGGUGUUCGACAGUAUGCAAAGCCACGACGUGGUUUCGUGGAACUCGAUGAUCCUGGGAUACGUCCAGAACGAGGAGCCGGAGAAAGCUCUUCGGGUUUACGAGCUCAUGCAAGCGAGGGGCUUCGAGCCGGAUGCCGGGACUGUUGCUGCUGCUCUCAAGGCUUGCGGAAACUCGGUAGCUCUGGAUGCCGGCAGGGCGAUCCACGCCAGAGUUUUGGAGUCGGAGGCUCUCAGCUCCGAGACGUUAGUGGUGAAUUCCCUGGUGAGCUUCUACGGCAAGUGUGGGAGCAUGGUCGAGGCUCAGGACGUGUUUGAUCGUCAGAGCUCGGCGAGCAAGGACGUGGUGACUUGGAGCUCACUCAUAGCAGGAUACAGCCUCCAGGGAGACAGUGCCAGAGUUCUGGAGCUCUUCGAGAGGAUGGUGGAGCGAGAGAAGCUGGAGCCCAACGGGAUCACGUAUCUCUCGGUCCUCUCCGCUUGUGGUCACGCUGGGCUGGUUGCAAAGGGGAAGGAGAUCUUCCAGGCGAUGGAGAGCAAGGCGGGGUUUAGUCGGCCUGGAGUGGAGCACUACUCGUGCAUGGUGGACAUGCUGGGACGAGCCAAUCACUUGGAGGAGGCGGUGGAGAUGGCCAGGUCCAAGCCGAGCGUGACGGCGUGGAUGGCUGUGCUGGGAGCGGCUCGCAAGUGGAGGAACUUAGCCAUCGCCAGGGAUGCGUUUGAGGAGGUGGUGAAACUGGGAGGAGGGGACGAGGACUCGGCUCCAUACAUUCUCAUGGCCAACACGUACGCCAGCGUUGGAAUCAAGGAGGAGAGCCGCGGGUCGGGCAUGGGAUAAGCGAAAAAAACUCCUGCAUUACAUUCUUAAGACCUUGUUUCUAUGCUGACACAUUGUUUAAACUUUAAAAAAAUAUAUAAUUUUUA